AUGUCCAUCGUCGUGUCAACGACUCUCCAUCCGAUCGAAAACGAUAUGCGGUUCCUUGACAUUUGCCUGGCAGCUGCAGCCAUCACCACCCACGUUUUCGCUGACAAUCAAUUUGUUUCAUUGCCAUUUGUGGCCGUGGAUCGAAAAGGGGUGCAUACAUCAGCAUGGAAUCAACGUCUGGAUGAAUCAGGUGUCAAUGUACCAUUACAGAAUAUGGAUUUGGCGUACUUGAUGAACAUCUCCAUUGGUACACCACCUCAGCCUUUCACCCUGUUAUUGGAUACAGGAUCGUCGACAACGUGGGUGCCUAUGGAAGGAUGUGGUCGUUUUUGUGGCUAUCCUCUGCAUACGCUCCAACCACUCGAAUCUAGCACGUUUCGCUCGAGCAGCCUCUUGUUCAGCAUUCGAUACGGCGAGGGCUUUUCUAGAGGUUUUUAUGCCGAGGAUACGGUGACCUUGAAUGACGCCAUUUCAGUCCCCCACACAAAUUUUGCUGUUUCCAAUAUAAACGAUGGCGAGUUGACAAGGGAUGGUGCUGAUGGUAUCCUUGGUAUCGGCCCUGAUCCAUUGAGCCGCUUUAACAAUCCCAACCAAACCAUUGUUCCUACGCUCGUAACAACCAUGUUUGAGCAAGGUGUCAUUAGCAACAACUCGUUCUCCAUUUACUUUCAGCCAAUCAACGGCACAUCCCUAGAGAGCCGUAUCAAUGGAAAUAUCAUUUUUGGAGGAGUCGAUUUGGAUAAGGUGGAAGACAAGCAGAUUACGUACUUUCCAAGCACCUCACAUCAAGAUUACAAGGAUUAUUGGGCAGCGGAUAUGGAAUCGAUCAUUGUGGGCAAUGAGACUGUAAACUUUGAUUCGGUCAUACCUGCAUUGGUAGAUACAGGAUCAACCUUGAUUUUCGUGCCAAAAGAAAUCGUUGAGCUUGCACUCAGCGACGUGCAUGACAUACGGGCAGACUACAUGGGCCAAUACCUCGUGCCAUGUGACAGCAAGGAGCUAAAACCAAUUACCUUCAACAUUGCUGGGACACCACUCAAGCUAUACCCUGAGGAGUACAUUGUUCCCCAUACCAUAGCUGGCGGCUCUGUCAAUGGCACACCUUACUGCUACACCUAUCUUCAUGAGUCACCACCCUAUAUCGAUAUUAUCCUCGGUUACGGUUUCCUGCAGCAGUACGUUUCUGUUUAUGACAAUGAGAACAAUCGUGUUGGUCUUGGACGACGUAUCAAGUAG